UAAUUUUGUCUCCACUACAUUUCUAUAGUUUUUGAAGGUCACAAAGUUAGAUAGUAAUAAAUUGGUUAUUGAUACAAGAAUAGGUUGAGCAGAAGGAGACAAGAAGCGCUUCUCCCCGCCCAUGAAUAUGAUUGGCUCAGGAUAAUUGUCCAAUGAGAUUCCAGGAUGUACCGAAAACAGGAACAGUUUAGUAUCAGCCAACACACAAGACUGUCAAUUCGUAACCAACAGCAGUAUGGUUUAUGGUUUAUGACAGAGUCGUAAUCUUUGUCUGUGUCUACUUUAUCAGACGGAGUUCCAGGGUCUGUCGGGAUGAAGGGCUUGUAUUUGGUGGAGCCGGUGGUGGCUGUGUACGCGUUUGCCAUUUUUAUGGUGUAUCCUCUGGUGCAGCAGUAUGUGUACCGCCGUCUGUGGCAGCAGAUCACCAACACGUCCUACCCGGUAAUGGACACUUCAUCCCAGUGCGACACGAACCACUCCAGCAACCUCUCCAGCCAGUAUGAAGAAGUGCAAAAAGCAGCAUCGCUGUUCUCCAUGUACUCAGAACUUUUCUCCAUGAUCCCCAGUCUCCCUAUGACCCUUGUCCUUGUGGCUUAUAGUGACCAGCGUGGACGUAAAAUCACCAUCAUUCUUCCUCUCAUAGGCUCUUUGGUCUACUGCUUGUGCCUUCUAGCAGUGUCCAUCUUUGAGCUUAACCUCUACCUGCUAAUCGCAGCAUCCAUAUUCAGCUCCCUCUUUGGUGGCAUUGGCACUAUCCUGGGUGGUUGUUUCUCCUACGUGGCUGACUUGUGUGAGGAUGGAAAGCAGAAGAUGCUACGGAUGGCAGGACUGGACAUGAUGCUCGGGCUUCUCUCCGGCGUUGCCGUGAUCUCCACUGGCUAUUUUUUGCAUGCCACAGGAUUUAACUGGCCCUUUUUCACUGCUGCCAUAUUCCAUGUGCUCAAUCUGGUUUAUGCAGUGUUUAUUCUGGAGGAGAGCAGAGUGAUUGACAGCACGAACUGUGCUGAAAACGACCCUCAUAUUUUGCAGAAGCUUACUCUUGGGAUCUACCAACUCUUUGCCCGGGGAAGCAGGAGCAGGAACUGCCUGCUUAUACUCUUGAUAACCAUUUUCUGCUCAUUCAGUUUUGUUUACUUUGGAGGCCUGAGUUUGGUCACGCUUUACGAGCUGAAUGAACCAUUGUGCUGGAAUGAAAUUCUCAUUGGCUAUGGCUCGGCUCUGUCCACGGCUGUGUUUGCUGUCAGCUUCGUUGGGGUUUAUGUGUUAUCAUGCUGCCUCUCUGCCCCUAGCAUCAUCUUCAUUGGGAUGUUGUCCGUUUUCAUUGGCUUAGUGAUGAUGGCUUUCAUCAAAACCACACUUCUGAUGUUUCUUGUGAGGAUUCCCAUGCUCCUGGGUAUCAUGCCAUUUCCUGUCAUGCGCUCCAUAAUGUCGAAGAUGGUCUCAAAGAGUGAGCAGGGUGCACUCUUUGCCUGUGUGACUGCCAUUGAUAACGUAACAACUACCGUGGCAACUGCAGCAUUCAACAGCAUCUAUGCUGCUACAGUGGGCUGGUUCUCUGGCUUUGCCUUCCUCCUGGCUGGUGUCUUGUGCCUUAUUCCCAUGAGUCUGCUUGGCAUUCUUCGAUUCUUUGGGCUGGAAAAUACUAGUGAAAGCGAGAGUCUCUUGCCACAAGAGGAAACUCAAGAAACGGACAACACACCUGUGGCCUAGAAAAAGAGAAAGCAGCGCUCUCGCACCACUCUGUCUGCAUCUGGGUAUAUUCAGAUCAGUGAGCAGUGUACUUUAAACUACAUUUUUACCUUUUGCACUUUAUAUAUUACAAAAACCUUGACUUUAGGAAUGUAGCAGUUGUGAAAUGUAGCAAAUGUAAAAAUGCUUAAUAAGGGAAUUCACACAAACAUUCCAAAUAAGGGUUCCCCAAAUAUGCACUGUAAGUGUGCUCCAGGUCAUGUUAUACAUUGCAAUUUCUGAUUUGGUGGAACAUAUGUGAAGUUUUUAAAAAGGAUUUUUAUAUGGGCCAUUUUUUUUCAAAUGUUGAGAUUUUCUCCAAAUGAAUAUGAAAAAGUAUUUUACAGCUGCAGCAAUGUAUAGAAGAAUGAAAUGUGUUAUAAUGUUGGAAAUUACCUGAUUAUUAUUAGAUUAGAUUUAUAAUUAUUAUUAUUUCCUUGGUAUUACAGGUAUUUUAUUAUGAAGUGCCUUUUUAUAGUUACAUUUGCAAGUAGGCAAUAUCAGAAGUAGGUCAGUCCAAUACAGGGUAAAGGGAUUGGAUGAGGUAUUGUUAAUAUUUUUUACUGUGGUGAUGAGUAUUUGUUGAUUCAGAAACCUGCCAAAAACCUGUAUAUUUAGAAACCUGCAUGUUUUCAAUCAUUCUUGCUCUAUCAGUGUGUUACUCUAUUUUUUCUUUCUUUUUUUUGCCACUAAAGGUUUGGCUGUGUUACAGUAGGUCAAAAAUAGGCAUUAUAGCAUCCAAAUAUAGUUUCUAUUCCAGCCCAGGAAAUAAAAUUUGAAUAAAUAUUA